UCUCUCCAUAAAGCCCUGUUCAUUGCAAGAUUUGUUUUACAGUUCUGCUAGUGUGCCACCGCUGAAGUUAUCCCUUUAACUCCGUCUUAAAGCGAAAUCAUGGUCGUGUAUCAUAAACAGUUUGAAAGUGCCGGCCAGACGUCCGGGCUCCAGAUCUGGAGAAUUGAGAACAUGGACUUGGUACCGGUCCCACCGAAUUUGUACGGAAACUUCUAUGUGGGAGAUGCCUACUUGGUGCUUCAUACCAUAGCGAAGAAUAACCGCAAGUACUAUGAUCUGCACUACUGGCUGGGAAAGGAGUGUUCUCAAGAUGAAAGUACUUCAGCAGCCAUAUUUAGUGUGCAGUUGGAUGAAUACCUGGGAGGAAAACCUGUGCAAUACAGAGAGAUUCAAGGCCAUGAGUCGAGUGAAUUUGUUGGCUACUUUAAAGGUGGAAUAAAGUACAAGGCUGGUGGAGUUGCAUCUGGAUUCCACCAUGUUGUUACUAAUGAACUUGGUGCACAACGACUUCUCCAUAUUAAGGGAAGGCGAGUGGUCAGAGCUACAGAGGUGCCGCUUAGCUGGUCCAGCUUUAACAGUGGUGACUGCUUUAUCAUCGACCAUGCAGCUGUAAUUUUUCAGUGGUGUGGAUCUGGAUGCAACAAAUUUGAACGCAUCAAAGCUGCACAAGUUGCUCAUGGAAUCCGUGAUAACGAAAAAAAUGGAAGGGCUCAAGUCAUAGUAGUAGAAGAAGGAACCGAACCACAUGAACUCAAAAAGAUUUUGGGAGCCAAGCCCCAGCUGCCUGCAGGAGAUGAUGCUGAUGAUAUGGCUGAUGAUAACAAUCGAAGAAAUGCUAAGCUUUACAUGGUGUCAGAUGCCAGUGGAUCUAUGAAGGUUUCGGUAGUUGCAGAGGAAAGUCCCUUUUCUAAAGGCAUGCUUCUGUCUGAGGAGUGCUUUAUUCUGGACCAUUCAGGAGACAAAAAGAUCUUUGUCUGGAAAGGCAAGAAUGCAAAUGCUGAAGAGAGAAAGGCUGCCAUGAAGACCGCUGAGCAAUUUAUCCAGCAGAUGAAUUAUCCUGCCACUACCCAGAUCCAAGUUUUACCAGAAGGAGGGGAGACGCCCAUCUUCAAACAGUUUUUCAAAGACUGGAAAGAGAGGCACCAAAGCGAAGGAUUUGGGAAAGUGUAUGUGACGGAAAGAAUUGCUAAUAUCAAACAGAUUGAAUUUGACGCUUCCAGGCUGCAUGAAUCUCCAGCGAUGGCGGCUCAGCAUAACAUGGUGGAUGAUGGCUCUGGAAAAGUAGAGAUCUUCCGUGUAGAAAGUUGUGGUCGGGUUCCAAUAGAGCCAAACACAUUUGGCCAGUUCUACGGUGGAGACUGCUACAUUAUUCUUUACACAUAUCCAAAAGGACAGAUCAUCUAUACAUGGCAAGGAGCCAAGGCAACAAGGGAUGAGCUAACGGCAUCUGCUUUCCUCACCGUGCAGCUGGAUCGCUCUAUCGGAGAUCAGGCCGUUCAGGUACGAGUUACACAAGGGAAGGAGCCGCCUCAUUUAUUGAGCUUGUUCAAAGACAAACCGCUUAUUAUAUACAAAGAUGGCACUUCAAGAAAAGGCGGUCAGGCACCACCUAGUGCUGUGCGGCUUUUCCAAAUACGCAAAAACUUGUCAACUAUUACCCGGAUUGUAGAGGUGGACGCAGAUGCUUCUUUGCUGAACUCAAAUGAUGUUUUUGUUCUGAAACUAAAAAAUAAUUCUGGCUACAAGUGGAUAGGAAAAGGAGCGAGUGAUGAAGAGGAAAAGGCAGCUGAAUACAUAGCUAAUGUCCUCAAGUGCAAAAUUUCUAAAAUAGCAGAAGGACAAGAGCCAGGUGAAUUUUGGAAUGCUUUGAAUGGCAAAAAAACAUACCAGACAUCCGCACUACUGGAAUCCAAGUCCAUAAUUCACCCUCCAAGGCUGUUUGGCUGUUCAAACAAAACAGGAAGGUUUUUGAUUGAAGAGGUCCCAGGAGAAUUUACUCAGGAUGAUUUAGCAGAAGAUGAUGUUAUGUUGCUUGAUACCCACGAACAGGUGUUUCUGUGGAUUGGAAAAGAUGCCAAUGAAAUAGAGAAAAAAGAGGCCUUAAAAUCGGCUAAACAGUAUAUUGAAACAGACCCUUCUGGAAGGGAUAAAGGUAUACCAAUUGUUUCUGUGAAACAAGGACACGAGCCACCAACCUUCACUGGCUGGUUCAUGGCCUGGGACAACAAUAAAUGGCAGAGAUGAGAAAAGCUUCAGAACCCACAAAACAUGAAAAAACUGGAACAUCUCUUGCAUUUUUUCGUGUGUGAUUUAAUAUUAUUGUGGGGGAUGGGACAAAGAUGCAGGUGCAGUGCUCGGACUAAUGAAGUGCUUAGGCUUUUUUAUAUAUAUAUGUAUUUUAUGCGGAAAUUAUUAUCUCAAAAUGAAUAAUACUAGAAGCUUGUUUACUAUAUUGUAUUAAAUGCAGUGUAAUGGACCAAAUGGAAAAUGUAUUAAUGCCUUUAAAAUAAAGCUUUACAGGCAACUGAAGGCAACAACAAUUAGCUGCAAUAUGACUGCGCCUCUUCCUCAUACAAUAGACAAAGUAAAAAGAAAUGAAGUUUUUAUUUUCGAUUUAUUUCAUCCCCCCUCCCCAUACAUAUUAAUAAAUUUUCCCUUGUGAAAGUGCCUGUGCAUACUUUCCUCAUUACCCCGUGUUUAGAUAAUUCCCAUCUAGUGAUGGACGAAUAAAUUCACCUGGAGCGAAUUGUGGCGAAUUUCUGUGCUUCGCCGCCGGCGAAUAAAUUUGCGAAACUCCCGCAAAAAUUUGCCUGCCUCAAAAAUUUUAGACGCACGUCCGAAAAGUCCAAACUCGCGUCAAAACCGUUGUGCGGCAACACUAUUCGGACGCCCAUUGACUUUUACGCCAGCCUCAAAAUUGACGUGAGCUUCACUUUUCGCGUUUUGCUAAUUUUCCUCAAUUUCGCAGGAAAUCCGAAACAUUUCCGGUGAAUCGAAACCAUUCGCCACAUUUUAAGGUUAAAUGAUGUCUUGAAAAACACCUUAAAGCAUAUGUCAAAUUAUUUAAAUGGGAUGUCUCUAUAAUUGAUAAUAAAAAUCAGUCUGUGUUUUCUAAUUCAACUCACCAAUAUGGUAGCCUGUCACCCAAAAGAAACCAAAUGAUUUCAAAGAAUAAGCAAACGAAUUUCAUAACUAUGGGUAUAACAGGACCUAUGACUUUGGGGGCUUCAUAAUAUCUGAUAAUGGCAGAUCAGUUGUAAUAAAGUCCAAUAAUCCAAAGAUGUCUUUGAAAGAUUAAUAUCCUGUUUAAACACGUUAUGAUACUGAAGCUUAAGCCGUGUAGGGCAGUAUUUAAACAUAUGAAUCUGAGGGCCUGUCCCUAGGGUGACACCUUUAGGGUGCCUACACACCUGCCACCAGAUACUUGCAGCUGGGGGUACUUCUUCCUUUAGUGACAAGCACAUGGUAUACAAACUGUACUGUGCACACGGCAGUCACCAAAGCACAGAGGAGGGUGGUGGUCCGAUCAGUAACAGACAAAAUGCAGCCCUGUAUCUAAUGUGCUACAUGUUCAUUUUUUUUAAAUGAAUAAAGUAAUUUGGAGAAUACAUUCCUCUUGUAAAACAAAACAAAAUAAAACUUUUCUAAAAUGUAUUGUCUGUAUAUAUUAUACUUGGGUAAACUUGCAGAUAUCUGAGUUAAUCUUUUAUCAACAAAACGUUCCCUUUUCUAUUGCCACGUUUGUAUUGUUGCAAUCGUUUUACUGUAUUUUGAUAUAUAAUCGCAGUUAUGUUUUUCUUUAUGUUUUUUUUUAAAUAAUGACUGUUUCUUAUAAAUAUUUUGUUCUGCAAAGACUGUGCAUUUUCUUAGAGUAUUAACAUUCCAUGUGUAUUGGUUUUACUCAAUAAAGUUGGCAGCUUCUAAAA